GUUAUCAAACCAAGUUCUUGCUUUGCUUUGCUUUGGUCGAUCGAUCAACAUAUAUAAUAAUUUAAAUUAAGAAUAAUGGCAACAGUAACACGUCAGCCACCAAAACAUGGCCAAAUGGUCACUAUUCUUAGUGUUGAUGGAGGAGGAAUCAGAGGAAUAAUCCCCGGUGUUCUUAUUGAGUACCUCGAGUCUCAACUUCAGGAGCUAGAUGGGAAGGAUGCUCGAAUUGCUGACUACUUCGAUAUGAUAUCUGGGACAAGUACAGGAGGGCUUAUCACGGCCAUGUUAACAGCUCCCAACCAACACAAUCGCCCAUUAUAUGCUGCCAAUGAAAUCGUACCAUUUUAUCUUGAGCACUGCCCUAAAAUCUUCCCACAGUUAAAUGGUAUCUUUGGUAUUCUUGAUCCAGUGAGAGGUGUUGCAAUUGGACCAAAAUAUAAUGGGCAGUAUCUUCAUGACACUGUUAGAAAGAUAUUAGGUACCACAAGGUUGCAUGAGACCCUCACAAAUGUUGUCAUUCCAGCUUUUGAUAUCAAGAAACUCCAACCUGUCAUAUUUUCCACUCAUAUGGCUAAGACGGUGACAUCGUUAGAUGCUCAUCUUGCGGACAUUUGUAUUGGGACAUCGGCAGCUCCAACAUACCUUCCUUCCCAUUAUUUUACAAACCAAGACAAAGAUGGAAAGACUGCUGAAUUUGAUCUCAUCGACGGUGGCAUGGCCGCCAAUAAUCCUUCUUUGAUUGCGUUUAGUGAGAUUACAAAAGAAAUAACGAAAGCGAAUCCAGAUUACGGAACGGUAAAGCCAUUGGAGAUGUCUCGUUUUCUGAUGAUAACAUUGGGAACAGGAUCAAACAAGACAGAGCAAAAAUACAAUGCUAGAAUGUCAGCCCAAUGGGGAACUGUUAGUUGGAUAUUUUUCAAUGGAUCAACUCCUAUCAUUGAUGUUUUCUCUGAAGCAAGUGCCGAUAUGGUUGACUAUCAUAACUCUGUUCUUUUCCAUGCUUCUGAUUCUCAACACAACUAUCUUCGCAUUGAUGAUGAUACUCUGAAAGGAACCCUAGCAUCAGUGGAUAUAGCUACAAAAGAAAACUUGGAGAAUUUAGUGAAAACUGGUAAGGAGUUGCUGGAAAAGCCAGUUGUACGUAUGAGUAUGGCAACUGGUCUCUAUGAACCUGUUCCAGGUGCUGGUACCAAUGCUAACUCUCUAAAAAGUUUGGCAAAAAUACUUUCUGAUGAAAAGAAACUCCGAGACGCCAAUGCCAAAGCUGCACUCAACUAAUUAAGCUAUAAAAAUAUAGCUUUUUUAGUGUAUUAUUCCUAAUAAAUAAAUAAAUAAAAGAUCCCAUAUCCCACCAAUAAUAAAUAAAUGCAGUCUUGUUUAAAUUUUAAUUAUUGUUCAGUUUGUUGGGUGGUUGAGAAAGAGUACCACGUACUUCCGUUUCUAAUGUAAUGAGCUCCUUUUGUGAGUAAACUGUUAUGUGCAAUAAAAAAGCUCAAAUAAAUUGUCAUCA